UUCGUGAGAUACAACUCGUGGUGGUCGGACGACGAAGUUCAGCGGCUGCUCCAAAAUAUCUGCAACUGUGCUGGUUCUGUUCUAUUCUGUUCCUCCCUUCUGAGUGCCUACACUUUUUUUUGUUUGUUGGCGUUGUGCUUUCGCCGUCACUUUGUCACUUUGUUACUUUGUCACCUUGCGAGCGAUCUUCUCUCCGCCGGACUACUCCGUUCCCUCCGAGACUCAUCCGCGAUCCCCAGAAAGAUCCGAGAUCCAAGAUCCCAGAGCACCAGCAUCCCAGCUGCACAUCGACACCAAAUCCAAAUCCAGAACACCAGCAUGUCGGACGGCAUCGAGGUCGAGCAAUUGGUGGAGAGCAAGCCGAGAAGGAUGCCAUUGGCCACCUCCCUGGAGAAGGACUCGAUCCGCGAGGCCUACGAGGAUGUGCGCUCCGAUCUCACCGACACCGAGUGGGCGGUAUUCAAGUUCGACGGCGCCCAGAUCAUCGUCCACGGAAGGGGCCAGUGCUUCGAGGAGUUCCGACAGCAGUUCGGCGACUCGGAACGCGCCUUUGGCUACAUACGCAUCCAGAUGGGCGACGAGAUGUCCAAGCGCAAGAAGUUCAUCUUCCUGACGUGGAUUGGCCAGGAGGUGGGCGUCAUCCAGCGGGCGAAGAUGUCCACGGACAAGGCGCUCAUCAAGGAUGUGCUGAACAACUUCGCCGUGGAACUGCAGGCGGGCGUGGAGGCCGAACUGGACAUUGAGCUCUUCCGGGAGGCGUUGAACCGUGCCGGCGGUGCUAACUACGGAACGGGAAUCCGGGAUAACUAGGCGGCCUCCAAGUUACUUUAUAUAUAUAUACAUUUUUUUUUUUUGCAUCUCUCAACUGCUUACCAAACUGCUCCUUUCUCUUUAAUUAUUAUGAAUUAAUUUUAUGAAAUUUAAAAACUGUACAUUUUAUGUAAUAUUAUACAAGCAAUUGUAACAUUA